AGGUAAUAUCUAUAAGGGGUAGAUCAGCGUCUCUGUCCAGACCUCACACGUGCGGCUGACCGGGUUAUUUGCAAUCGGUCAUCCAUUAAUUAAACUGACUUCUUCGAUUUCCUCUGGCUUUCAAGUACGAUAUUACCACAUAAACCAUCAUCAUGGACGUUCAGCAGUUGUUCAACGUCAAGGUGCGUACUGCGGAGAUGCAGAGUAGAGGCCCCGGCCUGUACAGCUUAGCUGGAGAUCUAACCAUGCGAUUAGGGCAAAGUCGUGCUCGUCACUGGUGGCGCCAAAGGAAUCGGUCGGAUGAUCUCAGAAGGCUUCGUAAAGAAUGGCGCCACUGUCUAUAUCUCGUCGCGAGACGCCAAGUCUUGCGAUAAAGCUGUAAACGAGCUCAAUGCACUUGGCACGGGCAAGGCCUAUGCUAUCCCUGCCGAUUUCUAUAAAGAAGAGGAAGUCAAGAGAUUGGCUGAAGAGAUUGCUAAGCGUGAGAGUAAGCUGCACGUUCUUGUCAACAAUUCGGGUUCCAACUGGGGUGCCCCGUAUGAUGAAUACCCUUCUUCCGCAUGGACACGAGUUCUCACCCUCAAUCUUCAUCGUGUGUUCGACCUUACCAAGCUUCUCACACCUCUACUGGAGAGAGCCGGCUCAUCUGGCGACCCGGCUCGCAUUAUCAACAUCGGUAGCGUUGACGGCAUAAGGGUUCCGGCUCUGGAAACCUUUGCCUACAGUGCGAGUAAAGCUGGCUUGCACCAUUUGAGUCGUGUCUUGGCACACCACCUUGGAAGACGGAACAUCACAUCAAACUCUUUGGCCUGUGGCCCAUUCGAGAGCAAGAUGAUGGCUGCCACAUUGGAAGCACAUCGGGAGGCAAUCGAGGGAAGUAUUCCUUUGGGUCGCAUUGGUACCCCCCAGGAUGUUGCAGGUGCGUGCUUGUUCUUGAGCAGCCGCGCCGGCUCGUAUGUGAAUGGAGCGACUAUCACUCUGGACGGCGGUAGCGUAAUCGCAGCGAAGCUCUGAACUGUAAGCUGUAAGCAAGAAGGAGUGGAUAUUCGGGGUAAUCCAUGUAUGCGUAUGCAAUGCAGAGUUGAUCUAAGCCUACAUACAGAAGGUCCAACCCAACUAAUGGAUUGUUUCUUUUAAACUUUUUGAUCCGUGGUAG